AUGAAUCGGUGGUCGACGAUUCAACAAGCUACAAAUAAGUUUUGUGGUUACUUGGCUCAAGUCGAAGGAAUGCAUCCAAGUGGGUUUAACGAGCAAGACAAGAUUGGAAAGGCAAAGGUAAUGUUCUUGGAGUUAGAGAAGAAGUCUUUUAACUUUGAUCAUUGUUGGUGGGUGUUAAGAUUCCAUCCAAAGUGGGUGGAACAUAUGGACAUGGUGAAGCCGAAGAAGAAACCAAGUUCACAUGAUUCGACACCAAAUUCAAUACAUCUAGGCGAAGAUGAGGAUUUUCAUAUUGCAUCUUCAAAUUUGGAACGACCAAUAGGUCGUAAAGCAGAAAAAGAGAAACGAAAGAGAAAAGAAAUGACAAACUCUGACUCUCUUGUGGUACUAAAUGAGAUGGUGGAAAUUAGAAAGAGUAACUUGUGCUAA